AUGGAACAGGAAUUCAGAAAGGCUCUUAAUUACAUCAAAGAUACAAGCAACCCACCUCUAGAUACUAAUAAUGAGCAGAAACUAGAUUUCUACGCCUUGUUCAAACAAGCAACAGAUGGAGCACCUAAAGGCUCAGCACCUUCUAGGCUAAAAGUUGUUGAAAGAGCUAAAUUCAUGGCAUGGAAAGCGAGAGAAAAACUGACAAAGGAAGAAGCGAUGAGAGAGUAUGUUGCAUUACUGACUAAGCUUGCACCUAAAUGGAGAGAAAGAGCUAACUCUCCCCCUCCAUCCUUGAUCGAACGACUCGCCAUCGUUCGAUCAAGGAUGGGGGUUAAAAAAAAAAUUUAUAUAUAAAAUGAAAAAGAUAUAUAUAUAGAUUUUUUUUAUUUACUUUAAAUAAGAGGGUUAAGAGUAUUUAAUAAUUAUUUUUACAGCAAAAAAUUGAAUUAAUUUCAUAAAAAUACCAAUUUUUAAUAUUUUGAUUUAUUAGUUACCCUUUUUUAAACUGUAUAAAUUUUAAUUUAAAUUAAAUAUUUUUUUAAAAUUUUAAAGAAUCUCUAUUUUAUUAGAUUAUUGAGCUUUUAAGCCUAUGUUGAUGUCUAAAUCACUUCGGAUGGUUGAUUUCGCAGCUUUCUGUCGUCUCAAAGCUCUGAAAACAAACUCAUUAGGCACAUCUUCCAAAGCAUUUGAUAACUAAUAUUUUUUAUAUAUAUAAAAAAUUUGCAUGAUAUGAAAAUCGUUCGAUCAAGGAUGGGGGUUAAUUUUCCCCCAAUUUUUAGGAAUUUUUACAGUCAAUCGUUCGAUCAAGGAUGGGGGGGGAGUAAGCUUUAA